UGGCACGCUUUCUUCAUUUGUUUCUCAGAUGUUAUAACUUUCACUUGGGUUUGGUGGAUCGCACGUUUUUUUAUCGAAAAAAACGUAGUCAUGGAAUUUAUUAAUGUUGAGUAUGUGUUUAAUGGUCGAAAAGAUAAUGAGGUGCAAGAUAUUUUAAGUAAAAGUGUGGAAACAGUUUCUACUUCCAGUUCAGAAUCAUCGUGCACCGUUGACCUAAAUUUAAACAUUACAGAAGUUACAAGGAGUUUGUUUUUAUGUUCUGCCACUUCGGUACAUACUUCUACGCUCCAACUUCUCGGCGUCUCCUUUGUGAUUAAUGCUACCGUUGAGCUUCCAGACACGCCGCUGCCUGAAAAAACCGUAAAAUAUUACCGAAUACGAGCCUUCGAUUCGCCUAAUCAAAAUAUUAGACAGUAUUUUGACAUAUCCGCUGAUUUAAUUCAUCAAAUUUCGCUGAGGGAUGGAAAAACGUUAAUACAUUGCACGGCGGGCGUAAGCCGAUCGGCAACCCUAUGCAUCGCCUACUUGAUGAAGUACCACAAACUAUCCCUAAUAGAAUCCUACAAUUAUCUCAAACUAAGACGACCGAUCAUCAAACCGAACUGCGGAUUCUUUCGGCAGCUAAUCGAGUACGAGAGGGAACUGUUUGGCAAUAAUACGGUCAAGUUAGUUUAUAACGAGAUGUUAAAUUUGGAACUGCCAGAUGUUUACGAUUGCGAAUAUAAGUCGCUGAAUCACUUUCGAAAAAAAUAUAAGAAAUCGGCGGACUAAAGAAGAUAUAUUCCUUCCGUACGUUGUAAUGCGACAAGUAAUUUUUGUGAAUAGCUAAAAGGACAUUGCUCUUUAGUUUUAUAACCGAAUCUAAUCGAUUAAUUAAUUAUAUUAUUAGAUGUGGACCAAUAUUGUAUAUAAAAAAAAAUAGUAUACGAUGACAAUAAUAAUAAAGUAUAGUUUAAGA